CUGAAAAAGUUGAGAUGUGCUAGUGAAGAUAGAGCUCCUCAAUACUCUUAACGGAACAGUCGAAACUGAAACCGCCGCAGCCUUCUAAGGUCGCACAACAUUAAAUUUUUUGUUUUUAAUUAUUACGGGUCUAGUAAUAAAAUGUAUACUGUUUCUAAUAGUUCAAAUAGACCUUUUAAACUUCUUGCAAAUACUCGUAGAGGCAUCUCACAAAAAGUUGAACCACUUGAGUCUGCAAGUAGUAAUCGUGAAUCUACGAAAUGUGGUCCUCAACCAGAAAUCAGUUUACCUAAACCUGUAUUUAAUCACCAAGCCAAUGGAAGAAGAACACAAACUUCAAAAAAUCAUCAAGCAUCAGAAAAUUAUCCUCCACAUUAUGAAGAAUUAAUUAAAUAUGUUAGUGAUUCUUGGGAUAGUGUUCAAGAAGAAUAUGAGUGCUCUAAACAAUCAACUGAUAACAGAGUGCCUAGGGUUGUUUAUUACCAAGACAAUAGUACAAAUUCACAUCUAGCUAAUUUUGAACCAUUUGACCUGGAGUCAUUCUGGGGUGAAAGAUUUCUUCAGAAUAUACAACAGUCUACAUAAUUAGAAUGCUAUGUAGAAAAUUCAGACAAAUUUAGUGAGAUAGUGAAAUUAACUAAUAGAGAAUAGUAAGAUGGGAGUGCUUCUUUUUUAUUUAGCAUUCCAUUCAUCCUAAACCCGAAUAAACUAUGGAUUCAUUUUCUUCACAUUAUUUUAGCCCUUUGAACAAGAAGUAUUUUAUAUUAAAUCAAACAUGACUCAUUAAAAAAGGCGCUUUACAUUAUUUCUUUUUAUUUAUAAUUUUACAUUUUGUGCAAUCGUUUGACAGCAUAGAAAUUUCUGAUCUGUGAUCUUUCUGUAAAAUAUAUGAAUUCAUCAAUCUCAGCAAUAAAACAGUUUUGUUUAAAAAAAA